CCCAACCAUCAUCUGGAGACUUGGCUUUUUUUUUUUUCAUACCGAUACCUUAUCACCUCUUCUUUCAUCUCACACUUCUUUCCACAUCAUGUCUGAUAUCGUCGUUCCUGGAUUCAAGAGCUCCGAACUCAUUGCCGAGUUGAGCAAGGUUUUUGAUGCCUACUCUCCUGAAGAAAAGGCCGCCUUGAUCAAGAAGGUGAAUGGCGUGUUCGAGUUUGUUAUCAAGAACGCUGACGGCAAGACAGAAACCUUCACUGUCGACUGCAAGAAGGAAGGCAAGGUGACCCGUGGUAAAGGCAAGCAGAAGGCCGAUGCUAUCUUGACCUUGAAGGAUCAAGACUUUGUUGACUUGGCUACUGGCAAAUUGAACGGUCAAAAGGCUUACAUGAGCGGCAAGCUCAAGAUUAAGGGUCAGAUCAUGCUCGCUAUGAAGCUCGACAGUGUCUUCAAGUCCCUCAACCCUACCGCCAAACUCUAAAAUGUUUUUCUUCCUUUCGUCCUGUAUUCCGAAAUCAUCAUUCCCUGGAUUCUUCCACCUUUUGUUUUCGUCUUUCCCUCUUCUUGCUUCUCAGCAAAUAAAAAAGAUGAUCCCCAGUUAUCCAAAAGCAGCGCUUUGGUGAAAAAGAAAAACGUCA